AUGAAGUUCUUAACGACUGUAAAUGACAUACCUGAGCUAACCCAGCCAAAUGUUCAUAUCAAGGAUAAGGAUGGUCUUUUGGAGAAAAUCAACAGCAUCCUGAAAGAUGGACACAGCAAGCUGCAAAUUGUAACCGAUUUUGACCACACUUUAACUAGACACCAGAUGGAUAGUGGAAAAAUUGUUCUUACUAGUUUUGGUAUGUUUAAAGAUUGUCCUUCAGUGCCUCAAAUAUAUAAGGAUGAAGAUAAUAGGCUCUCUGACAUAUAUAAGCCAAUUGAAGUGGACCAUAUAAUGACUGUAGAGGAGAAAACAAAACAUAUGAUUGACUGGUACAUCGCAGCACAUAAAUUGUUAUUAGGAAUGAAGUUUCCGAAGCAAGAACUGAAUGAAAUCAGCAGGAAUAUGGUGCAAUGUUUUCGGACUGGUGUUAAAGAUCUGAUAUCGUAUACUGAAGCCCACUUCAUCCCGGUCUUGGUAUUCUCAGCUGGACUCGGAGAAUGUGUGGUCGCUGCGAUGGAGGCUGCUAACUUUCUGCUACCUCACGUUAAGGUAAUAUCAAACUUCUUGGAUAUAGACGAAAAUGACACAAUAUUGGGAAUAAAAGGUGAAGUAAUUCACACUUACAACAAAAACGAGGCCGCUAUCAAGAACACUGAGUAUUACGAGAUGGUUAAGGAGAGAAACAACGUCAUUCUAAUGGGAGACAACAUCGGGGAUGCUGGGAUGGCGGAGGGGAUGGACCACUGCGACGUCAUAAUUAAAGUGGGAUUCCUCGGGAGGAAUGUGGAGGGAAAUCUCCAGAACUAUUUAAAUAAGUUUGAUAUUGUUCUCGUUAAUGACCACACUGUUAAUGUGGUUAACGCCAUAUUGAAACUCAUGCUGUGA